AUGGUAGUUAAAGAUUCUGAAGAAUAUUAUCGAACAAUGAUUGACGCUGGUACUAAAAGUUGGAAUUUACGUGAUUCACAUAUGUUGCGAAUGUUGGAAGCUCUAAUAAAGUACUUGGAACCUCAGAGGCCCACAAUAGUCACGUCAGAGACGCACAAAGGGAAACUUCGAAAAGAAUGGAAUAUUGGACAAUUAGCUCGUAAACAAUUUGGAAUGGAUAAGGGUUAUAACAUCGGAUUUACUACUUAUAAUGGAUCUGUAAGAAUUAAAUUAUUUGGAUUUCUAAUUCAAUUAAUCCAUCGCGCUUCAAAACAUAUGAACACUUAUUUCAUAUGGUUUCUGAAGAAUCAUCAUCACUAA